AUGAGCGAGGAUAUAUUGCAUAUAUUGACUAGAAACCCAGAAGAGGUAUUUUCUUUGUGCAAGAAGAAUGAAAGUAUUGCACUGAUCAACCGUUUGGUGAAGUCCUUUUUGGAUCCAUUAACCAAGACCCAUACUGUUCUUGAUGAAAUUUAUGUCGAAGGAUUGGACUCGACUCAAGUCUAUGGGCAAACCAAGAUGGUUCUUGAAGGGUUAGGAGAGAAUUUAUUAUUUGAAAAGAUCCCUGAGCUUAAGGAAAAAUAUGGUGUAGACGAAGAAGAUUCUGAAGAAGAAGACCUAGACGACGAGGAAGAAAUAGAAGAAAACGAAAUAGAGGACCAAGAAGACGAAGUAGUUGGUUCUUUAGAACACGAUGAACUUGAAGACGAGAUCGAUAGUGAAGCUGAAGAAAACUUCCAAUCUGCCGAAGAAGAUAAUAGUAACCUUGCCUGUGAUAAUGAAUCGCCAGCCGUAGAAGCAAAGGAAGAAGUAUUCGAACCAAAGAAGGACGUUUUUGGUUUGAAUGAUGGAUUCUUUGAUAUAGAUGAGUUCAACAGACAAUCUUUGGCUUUGGAAGAAAAUGAACAGGAUGAUGAAGAAGAAGAAAUAGAUUUCUUUGCCGAUUUGAGUGAUGGAGACGACGAAGAAGAAGAGAACAUGGCCUACUUCGAUGACUUUUACGAGAAGCCGGGUUCAAAGCCAACUAUCACCGAGAAGAGCCGUAGAACUGCAGAAGAAGAAGAAGAAGAAGAAGAAGAAGAAGAAGAAGAAGAAGAAGAAGAAGAAGAAGGGUUUAAUGAAGAAGAAUAUGAUAAUGCUAUGGGAUCAGCAAUGUUAGAUUUAUUUGACGACGAAGAACCAAAGAAGACUAAAAAGGAAGAUAACCUUUCUUCCUUCGAAAAACAACAACUUCAAAUCCAAGCUGAAAUUUCCAAAUUAGAAUCUGAACUUGUGGCGGAUAAGAAAUGGAAUAUGAAGGGUGAAAUCACUGCCAAAGAUCGACCAGAAGAUUCUUUACUUGAUGACCCAGAGUCGAACAGUUUAGAAUUCGAGAGAACAGCAAAGCCUGUUCCAGUGAUAACCCAAGAAGUUACAGAAUCCUUGGAAGAUAUGAUCCGUAGAAGAAUUAAGGAAGAUGACUUCGAUGACUUGCCAAAACGUCUUGUGACAGAUGUGGCUGCAUUCCAUAACAGACAAAAAUUUGAAUUAAGUGAACAGAAAUCAAGUAAAUCCUUGGCUGAAUUAUACGAGGAUGACUAUAAAGGAGUCGAUAGUAAUAGCAAUCAAGAAAUCAGUGAAGCAUUACAAAAACAACACGACGAGAUUAGUGAACUAUUCUCUAGUGUCACUCAUAAACUUGAUGCAUUAUGUUCAGCACAUUUCAUACCAAAACCACACAAAUUUAAGGAAGUGGAAAUCAAAGUCACAGAUGGAGCGCCAGCCUCUAUUACCAUGGAAGAUGCACAACCAUUGCAUGUUUCUAGUGAAAGCGCGUUAGCUCCACAAGAAGUUUAUAAGAUUGGUGACGAGAAAUCAAAUGUAAAUGGACGAGAAGGAAAGAGAGAAGUACAACUUAAGUCCGGUUUGUCUUACUCUAAGGAUGAAUUAUCCAGAGAUGACAAGCAAAGACUUAGAAGAGCUGCAAAGAGAAAGAGAUCCAAGGAAUAUAACCAAAGAAAGGAAGUACAACAACAAAGAGAAAAGCAACAACCUACCAAUUCUGGUGGCGAUAAAAAGAGAGCCAAGGUCGGUGAAGUUAUUGAUACCUUGUCUCGUGCCAAGAAUGUUACCGUUAUUGGCAAGAAGGGUGAUUUAAGAGAUGUGAAGGGCAAGCUUAAGAAGGAUACUGCACCAAAGGGAUCAAGUGGAUUCAAACUUUAA